UAGAGUCUCAUCGGCAGAACUCUGCACCCAAAAACGCUUUCAAAGCUGCUGAACAUGUGUUUACCACUGUGGAAUAAUCUUAAACUACAUAAAUAAUAAAAACCUCACCAACAUGUCGUCAAAAAGUCGGGACAACGAAGAUAACUGUGAAGGACAGUCUGCACUGAAGGAGGAGCUGAACAGAAAGAUCAAGGAGCAGAAGGUGGUCGUGGACGAACUCUCAAAUCUGAAGAAAAACAGGAAAGUCUACAUCCAGCAGAGGAACAGUAACAUUUUUUUCCUAGCAGACAGAAGUCACACACUCGGGGCAUGCAAACAUGAACUGGAUGACAUGAAAAAGGAUCUGCAGGAUAUAUAAGACUGACCUCCACAAUGUGCGGCAUCUUUUGUCUGUUGAGUCUGUCCCCCACUCAGUUUGAGUGGGAUAAGACAGUUUAUGAACAUUUAAAGAGAAGAGGGCCCAACUUGAGCCAGGAUCUCACAGUUAGAAGCACAAUCCCCUGCUAUCAGUGCGUAUUCUCUGCCCACGUUCUUCACCUGAGAGGCCUUCUCACCC